AUGGGUGUCGUCGACUGCAAGAAGCCGCCGCCCCUUCCGGCUCCGACCGAAACGGAGACCACGACUGACGUCUCGAAACCUGGCGACGAAAAGUCUUCCUACUCAAUUCCUGAAGACGGGACCCCCGUCACCAUCCGGACACGAGGGCAUAAAGCCAGCAAGUCCCAAACGUCCCUUCUCAUCGAGUACUUCGAGGGCGGCAAAAACGGAUCAGGUCCCGAUCGUAAGCCAAGCGUGCGGGUUCGCUUGACGCCGUCCAAGAAGAGCAAAGGCGAUCACAUCCAGGUUACCGAGACCAAAGGUACUCGCAAGGCGUCCCUCACCCGUCGAAUCCCUCUCGAUCAGGCCAUUGCCUCUCGAGAGAUCCAGUUGCAUGACGGCGAAGACACAAACAGCGUGACUUCCUAUGCCUCGGCCACGGAGGAAUCCAACGUGUCGAGAAACCCAAUCGACAUUGAAAUAGACCGUAGCCACAGGCGGCGACGUCCUCACAGCCCGCUGAUCCCGUCUGCCGAGUCGUACCAGCCGGUCAAUCCAUCCGAAAUCUCUGCCAUACCCACCAACAGCUUCUUGGAUGGCGCAGGUCCUGGAGGGGACGUCAAGAGGUCCGGCAGUCCACCUCGCGGUGAGAGGCUGGCGGGUGCGACUGCUGCAGGUGCGACUGCGGGUGCAGCCAUGGGCGAGAUAAGCAAUAACAAGGCACGUGGGAAAGAGCGAGUCAAAGUCUCGGAAAAAUUAAAAGAAAACGACAAGCCCGAUAGGAAGCGGAAUUCCAAAGUGGGGACAAGCAGUGUCAGUGAACGCGCCGAGGACGAACUUCGUUCCCCACGUCGCCGGUCGAGUCGCGGCCAGCAGGAAUCCAAUGUUAGCGCCGCGGAUUCCAGCGCCGUGUCAUCUCAUCUCGCUCCGAGCCACCGCUCGGUGGACACGCGUUCCAUCCGGUCGGGCGCCUCCAAAUCAUCAAUAAACAACCCGAAACUGCUCGAAACCGUCGAGGAUGCCAUUCGACGGCUAAUCCUACCCGAACUGAGUGCACUCAAAAGGGAGCAGAGCAAGCGUGAGAAUCGGCGCGACUCCAUUGCCUCCUCAGUCACAUCCGUCUCAAGAGAUGACAUCUCCUCGGACCGCAGGCGGUCCUCAAGUCAACGGGGCGAAGCUUUGCGAGACCCCCCGAAGCGCAAAGAGAGACGCAACAGAGAGGCCCGUCACGAGUACGAGGAAGAGGUAUCGCCUCUCAGUCCUAGCCAUGACUCCAUCAAUACAGAGUAUCAAAGUCGCGAGGAGGACGUCACCACCCCGAAGCGCAACGGUAAUCCCCUCCAAGCCACAGCAGCCGCCGCCGCCGCCGCCGCCGCCGCCGCCGCCGCAGCAGCAGCUCUGGCCAAAGCGGGGAGCGCCGCCGUAAGCGACACCUCCGAUUCGAACGAUAAAAAGCGGCGUGACAGGCGCAGGAGAAGAGCUGAACACGCGGCCUCCCGGGGCUUGGACGGGGAAGUAUUUGACGAUGAAGAACAUGAAGACGAGCUUGCUCCCGCCCCUCCGAUGCCACUGAUGAGCGAUAUCAAUCCGUCAGAGCUUACCCGGACGUCAAUACUCUCUGCACGAUCUGACCGGCCGCCACAUCCCGCCAGCGAAGAACUCGCCGAACCCAUUGGCGACGUCUCGAAUGAAGAAGGAACGGGCUCCAGCGCGUCGACACCUACUCGGGUCAAGUCACCAAUCAAUCAAGAGAAGCAUGCUAUAGCUAUGCAGCACGCCAAUGUUUCUCACGGUGACCUGACCGCCCUUCCUCGUGGUAACAAGGACUAUGUGGAGGAAUAUGAGACUGACGAGUAUGGCCGCAAGGUUCGGGUCGACUCUUACACAGACAGUGACCGCAGCAAAGGCCCGGCGUCUGACGCCGUUGAUUAUGCGGAGGACGAUUUCGAAGACCGUUAUUACAGCACUCAGGAUGUCCCGCCGCCGCUACGAUACGUCCCCUACCAAGCCGGCGCGAGGGGCCUCAGCCCAAUACCCAGCGUAUCUGGCUACACUGAAGCCGGAAGCGAAGCACCGCUGCCGCAAACUUCCACGGACAUGCCAUCCCCAGCAAAGUCGCCGGAGCGAUCGCGCCAGCACCUGUCGUUACAAUCCGACGACUCGGUGUCGCGCGACGUGCGUGAGCUUGAUGGCCUUUCCGCGGACGGGGUUGAUCGGGUCGACGAGGCGGCAAGCGGCCAGGCCGUUCGAGGCAUCGGGGCCAACCCGAAUUUUGUCCAUCCACCAAUCGGCGUCGAAUCGGCCGUUGCGUCUCUUGUGGAUGGCUCCGCGCUUGACCAAUCCGUCGUCACCGGAGCGUCGGGCUACAACUACGAUGCCGCCCGAGCCUCAGAGGCCUCAUACGAGGAUCAAUCCAAAACCCAGAGCAGCCGAGCCGUCGAUAGGCUCGACAGGACGGAUGCAGAUGACGAUCGGGAACUUGAAGACGAAAGGCAAGCCACACCCGAAUCCAAGUCUGUGUCUCAGUCUCAGGAUCACUCGGAGUAUGAGUUGGAUGAGUACGGUCGGAAGGUGCCCAGAACGAAAUACCGGCACUCCCCUACGGCUUCCGAGGCCGCAAUCACUGCCGGUGCGGUUGGCGCGGCCGCGGCAGCUUUGAAAGCCGCCAAGGAAAGGAAACAGGCAGCCGCGUCGGGGCAGUUUGUAGAAGAUUUCGAACCCGCCGGCGUGGCUCGGAAUCGGUCGUUCAAGGAGAGGACCAUGCAUCACGGAUGGGAGCCCCGCAAUACGCCAGCCCAUAGCGUCGACAGAUUAGACUUUGAAGAGCGCCCAAGGAUGAGCAAGAGCGGCGUCCCAGACUUGAACGACCCUUUGCCCGAGAUUGGCUACGUUGACGACGACCUUCAGACCAAUCCUUCACUGGUCGAGGAGCGGCUUGAUGGGGAGCCGAUGCGCCAAGGGUGGCCCGGCAGAGAGACGGCAACCGAGAAGGACAUGACGAGCCACACGCGGCACCCGCAAGGCAAGGAGCCAAGCGGUGUUGGUACUGGUGGUGGUCUUGGAAUCACCGAGGCGGUGGGAGCGGCACUGCUCGGGACUGCUGCCGGCAUGGCUGCCACUCACAACGAGGAAGGGGUCAAGGAAGACGGCGAAUGGCAUCGUACGUCUGACGAGCGCAAGCGGGACACUCUGGUUACCAACCCAUACGAAGACGCCAGCCCAAUCGUGAACCUGCAGUUGGAUGAGGAUUUGCUCGGCGCCAGGGGACUCAAUGCAGGAUUCGAUACAGGCAGCCCCGCCGGAUUUGCUCAGAAAUACGACGAAGGUUACAUGUCGAAUGGCCCUAACCACACACCUGAUGCUCACCAGGCCAAGGGCAAAGCCGCAGAUGUCCACCCUCGUGGAACAGAGGACGACCCCUUUUACGUGCCAAAGAGCCACCAUGGCCGCCAUCUCAGCGGCAUGUCGCAAGGCAUGGGCUCUCCUUUCUACGAUGCUGCGACCGGUGCGGGGAUUGAACGAAUCGAGAACAAGGACAUUGUGGCGCUAAUGCAACACCUGAUGGUGCGCGAUGCGCAGCGGAGCGCUCGUGACACAGAGAUUGUGGCAUUGCUCAUGAACGCAGCACUGGAGAUGCGCAACUCGUUCCGCGAGAUGAAGGAGCUAGUCCAAGACACUGGAGACGACGUCAUUUUCGCCAACGCGGAAAACACGGACAAGCUGCACAAGGCAAUCAACGGACCACGGCCUUACCCAGGUGCCGCGUCCCGGUCACUUCAGAGCCCGUCUCAAGCUGGAACACUGGAUGAAGUCGGGUUGAAGAAGAGGAAUCUGUGGAAGCGAGCGCUUCAGGGACUCAGCACCAAAGGAACCAACGACCUGAGCCGAAUCGAAGACAUGCUCAUGCAGCUUCUGGGCGAGGUUGACGUGCUCAAGACGCGAACGGCGCCGCCCGUGUCGACCAGCGGUCCGGGGCAAUCGUUCGACAACCUCCAGACGGAUGGCCAUUCUGAACAAGGCAGAGGCUACGCCGCAGAAGACACCGCUGCUGCUGGCACAAGCCGCGCCGCCGAUGAAGCACGGGCGACGUCGGCAUCGCAGAGCAUUGGACGCGCACCCGGUGCGGCCAGAGAGGGGCGAAUACCGGAGAAUGCUGUCCCCGAGAACGAGGAAGAAUGCCAGUACGAGCGCGCGCGUCCAAGCGCAGAGAGAUCGGCAGGCGACUAUCUACCAAGCCCGGACCAACCCGAUGCGCUCCAGCGAGGCGGUUCCGUGCCUCUGGACACACCGCCGCGCCUGGCCCCUUGCGGUGAACAGCAGCAGCCUCUGAGCGCGGAAAACACGCCUCGCACCGACAAGGGCAAGAAGCAGAAGACGGGCUCCAGCGGCUGGCUGCCGAGGAUAUCGAGAUGGUCGGGCACGACAGCUUCCAGCGUGGGCAAAGCCUUGCGCGGCAGCGGGGCCUCCAAAAAGGGGCAAAAGUACGACGACUUGCAGCAUCCGUCUCGUUCCAGCUCCAGCCUGGCCUCUUACGACGACGCCGGCAACUACGGCUACGAUGCGUACGGCGACGACAAGCUGCACGGCGGACUCUCGGACGGAAACCUGGCAUCUCCUCGCGCCGAGAACCGCGCGGCGUCUCAAGGUUCCCAGCACAUGGCGCCCGAGGAUCCCAAGUACAAGGCCCAUCGCGACUCGCUCAACCUGCAGCACCCGCAACCGAGACCGGGCCAGACGGAGAGAUUCCGCACAGCCCUCGAGUCGUCGGCGCAGGAGUUCAACAACCCGACGACGCCGAGGUCCGCCGACUGGGCCGGCUCCGCCACCAGCCUCAACCGCCUGACGCCGACCAAGAGCAGGUUCGGCGACGGGUGCGCGGGACCAGGCCCCGACGGCGAAUAUUUCCCGUCCCCCGGGGGGCAGCAGCCAUCCGGGCCGCCGCGUCCUCCCAAAGAGCCGAUGGAGUCUCCGAGCUCGCGGCGCACGCAGACUCCGCCCAAGUCGAGCCGGUUGUCGAGGCUGCAAAAGGACGGCAGCCCGGCGCCUCACCCGAGCUCGGAGAGCGGCUACGGCACGAUGACGGGGACCUACGUGAGCCACUAUUCCGGCAGCAGCCCGAAGCUGGAGAACCGGAACCUGAACGCCGCCCUGGGUGUGCCCAGCCGCCGACCUAGCGGGCCGAGGGCGAUGACGCCCAAGAGCCCGGUGGAAGAGGCAGCCAGAGAGGAAAGACGGAGGAAGCGAAGCAUGCACGAGGGAUGCUUCUCCGAGGGGUGA